AUGGAUGAAAAUGAUAUUCGUGCACUAAGCGAGUCUCAAGUAACACUUCGAAAGGAAGUUGACGAACUCAAAGUGCUCUGUAAGGUGCUUCAGAGCGAGAUUCAUUCACUCAAAGAUCAGUGUGCAGCAUUACGCAGCGAAAAUCAACAAUUCCGAGAAAAUUUUCAGCAAAUUGAAAGUCGAGUCCCGUUACAGAGUAUGCUGAGAAUAUCCGAUAUAAAUGUUGAUACAGAAUGGGUAGCAAACGGUAUUGUUGUAGCUGGAGCAAGCGGACCCGGUAGCGCAAUAAAUCAGUUGUGGGAACCGUAUAGUGUAUGCAUUGAUGAUGACGACCAAACUAUUUAUAUUUCUGAUUGUAAUAACCAUCGCGUUAUUGCAUGGAAUUUGGACACACAGAUUGGCCACGUAGUUGCUGGCGGAAAUGGAAAAGGCAUUGGAGCUAAUCAACUAAAUUCUCCAAGAAAUGCCAUUCUCGAUAAGAAAACUGACAGUAUCAUAAUCUGCGAUUAUGGGAACAGACGAAUCGUACAGUGGCCUCGUCAAAAUGGUAAAUGUGGGCAAACAAUUAAGUCAAACAUAGAGUGCUAUGGAGGCUUCGCCAUAGAUGACGAUAGAUAUCUCUAUGCCUCUGAUUUUCUAAAGAAUAACGUUAUACGUUGGAAAGAAGGAGAAAGUGAAGAGACAAUCGUAGCCGGAGGGAAUGGAGACGGCAAUGCCUUGAAUCAGUUGCAUAGUCCUACUUUUAUAUUCGUCGAUCAGAAUCGUUCGAUUUACGUCUCUGAUAAAGAUAAUGACCGUAUUGUCAUGUGGCCAGAAGGUGCAAAAGAAGGCAUUAUUGUCGCUGGCAGUCACGGUAAAGGAAAUGAUGCAACCCAUUUGAAAUAUCCAUAUGGAAUAGUCGUCGAUCGACUUGGUACUGUUUACGUGGCAGAUUCGUGGAAUAAUCGAAUAAUGCGUUGGAAGAAAGGAGCUCAAGAGGGCAGCGUGAUGAUCAGUGCAAAUGGCAGGGAAGAUCAACUAAAUCCACUUGAUUACCCCAUGCACUUAGCGUUUGACCGAGAUGGUUCUGUCUACGUUGUUAAUCAGAAAAAUCAUCAAAUACUGAAAUUUUUAAUCGAUUCUUCCCAUUCAUCUUCAUAA